CUCGAACUCCAUCUAGUAACGAAGAAAUCAAGACUCCAAAUCCGGUGAAAAACAUGGGAAUCUCCGCUUUCAAACACCUAUAAAGUAGCUAAAGAAAAAAGGAGACUGAUCCAUGCAAGAAAAAAGUUGAGCAUUGCUAUAUUAUAAAACCCAAGAAAAGAAAAUGGUUCGUUCUUCGAUCUUUACUCAUAAUUCACUGACAUCCAUUUGCCAGUUUGGAACUAUAUUCUUUUAAUAUCCAUUAAUGCAGCCAAUAACACCUCUGGCACCAUCACUAUAUCUCACUCAUACUCGUUCAUACGUCACAAUAUAUAGUAUAUCUACCUUACUCCUUAAUUACUUCAUUCAAGCUUUGAUCCAUCAACUCCACUUUUAUUAAUUCUUGUAGAUAACCAUGCAAGACCCAAUCGGGAUUCCCGCUUGUUUUUCAUCAGGUGAGAAGCCAACCGACCAUGAUCCGGCGGUAACCAGGUGGGGUCAGAGUGUUUUCAUGUCAGUUUACCGUACAAAAAUGGCGGAUCACUGUCGUUUGAUCACCGUCACUUGGUGCAAGAAUCUGUUGCUUCAUGGUCUUUCCAUAUCAGUGGAAGGUCCAGAGGGGGAGUCUCAGUAUACCUGCAAAAUCGAGCUUAAACCAUGGUAUUUUUGGAGGAAACAAGGCUCCAAACGCUUCACGGUCGAUGAUGGUAAACCCUUUGAUAUCUUCUGGGACUUGAAAUCUGCUAAAUUCAACGGCGAAACCGAGCCUGGAUCUGAUUACUACGUUGCUGUUGUUAGCGAGGAAGAGAUUGUUUUACUCCUUGGGGAUCUAAAGCAAGAUGCUUAUAGGAAAACCGGAUGCAGGCCUGCAAGUUUUAACCCCAUUUUUGUCUCGAGAAAAGAGCAUAUAUUUGGGAAAAAGAAGUUCAGUUCAAGAGCUAAAUUUCAUGAAAAAGGUAGGUUUCAUGAGAUCUCAAUCGAAUGCAAGAAUGGGGUUGAUGAUGAACCUGAAAUGGAGAUGAGAAUUGAUGGACAUGUAGUCCUACAUGUCAAGCAUCUCCAAUGGAAAUUUAGAGGCAAUGAAUCCAUUUAUGUCAACAAAACAAGAGUUGAACUUUAUUGGAAUGUUCAUGAUUGGCUUUUUAGCCCUGGUUUAAGGCAUGCUUUGUUUAUAUUCAAGCCUAUUUCUUCUUCUUCUUCUUCUUCUUCUUCUUCUUCCUCUGAAACAGUGAGCAGUGCUCCAUCAGAAGGGUUUAAUCACAGUGGAUCGUCUGAAUAUUGCUUGUUUGUGUAUGCGUGGAAAGUUGAAUGACAGCAAAGAGGCCAUAGGUCGCUUCAAAAUCAAUUCGUGUGAUUGGGAGCGUAUGAAUCCCGAAAAAGGGUUGGAUUUACUUACAGCUGGGACUGAAACAAGUAUUGAAUACCAAACAUGCCUAAUAAUUCUCCAUAUCCAGAGGCAUCUGCCAAUUCCAGGCUCCAGCUGUUUUGUUUUUUAUUUUUAUUUUUUAUCUGAUCUGGAUAAGUGAGCUGUUAAGCAAAGCUCCUCUCAGUAUACUAUUAUGUAUGUUUUUCUGAUAUUUUAUAAAAUAAAUUGAAGUACAAAA